AGUUCGUGGGCGAACGUUCGCCGAGUGCCGUCUCGCGUUCUCAUUUUCGAACGAAGGUUUCGUGUUCCUCCUCUUUUGCUCGUUGUCGUCGUCGACGACACGCGCUUCUUCUCGUUCAGCAAACUCCAAGCAAGACCCCUUCUUCGAUCAUCAAAUCUUAUUGUUUUGUUUCUUCCUGCUUACUAUCUUGCAUUUUUCUCCUCCUUCUCGAUACCCUUUCCUUUUCUUUCUUUACCUAUAAAUCCUCUUUUCAACCCUUUUAAAACCUUUACAUUUCUCCCGUAAAUAGUAGCAUUUUUUAUUUUUCCUCCUUCAAAUAACAGGGUAGGAGGAAGCCCGUGGGUGAGAGAUAGUGAGUGCACUACGUGUCCGGCGAUGCCGGGGGCGUGAAGAAAAAUGUAAGAAGAACAGGGAAAAGGGGUACGUUAUCGAAAAAGACCGGAAAGUAAGAGCGGAAAAGCUCAUACGCGUUCCCUUAACUGACAGACGCAUCACACUCGACAAAUAGUAGUCAGCUUUGUGGAUAGGCACAAAACCGAAGAGAUAGAUACGAAAACGGAAAGAAGAAGAGAAAGAACAAUAUAAAUAAGAAAAGAUAGAAAUAGAAAGAUUAAUAGAGAAAGAAAAAAAGAUAAUGCCAGAAGUUUGAGGAAAACAGUUACUUCACUUAAUCAUUUUUCUUCCGGAAUCCCUCACAGAUUUUUCUUCGGUGUCAGAAGUUUCUGUGUUGGGAAUUUGUUUUCUCUGCAGAAGAGAGCACGAUCAACUUUAUCGUCUUCAUUAUUGGAAUCGUUUUUCUUCAUCUACGAAGAUGAGAGGCCUUGUGCCAAGCAGCGUAUUCAGCCUACUUGUUCUGCUUUUCGUAUGGCAAAACGGAGCGCAGGCUAAUUGGUGGUAUUUGGGAUUGGAGCCUCGCUUGAGCGGAUCGGUCCAGAGUGUUGGAGGCGGUGCCGACGGUGCAGACGGACAACAGGGUUUGGGCAUUGCUGGCGCAGGUGUGAUCGGUCCUGCUAGUGCUGAAAAAAAUUGCAAAAGUGUCCACCUCAGUGUCAAGCAACAACAAAUUUGUUCGCGCUCACCACCAGUUCUUCAAGCGGUAAGCGCAGGCACAAGAUUGGCAAUCGAAGAAUGUCAGCACCAAUUCCGGUCAGCAAGAUGGAAUUGCUCAGUCAGUACAGACAAUCCGGACAAUAUUUUUGGUGGUGUCAUGCUAGUCAAUAGUCGAGAAGCUGCAUUCGUUUACGCGAUAUCAGCAGCUGGAAUCGCUUACAGUGUAACUAGAGCAUGUUCAAGGGGCGAACUGACAGAUUGUUCCUGCGACAAUCGAAUUAGGACGCGCCGACCAAAUAACUGGCAAUGGGGUGGUUGUAGUGAGGACAUACAUUUUGGGGACAAAUUCUCCAGAGAAUGGACGGAUGGUGCUGAAGAACCAAUCAAGGAAGGAAUUACGAAUAAUGCUAAAGGACUGGCCGGUCAACUGAUGAGAAAACACGACAGUGAGGCAGGCAGGCGGGCUAUCCGUUCGAAAAUGAAACGUAUUUGCAAAUGUCAUGGUAUGUCCGGUUCAUGCAGUGUCCGCGUAUGCUGGAGGAGACUUCCAGCAUUCAGAGAAGCCGGGACAGAUCUCGCAGCUCUUCACGAUGGGGCAGCAUUGGUACGACUGUCUCAACGAGGCGGCAGAAGACCCGCAAGACUGAGGCCCGCGCAACCUGAUCUUAAACGACCGAAUAAGACGGAUUUAGUCUACCUGGACGAUAGUCCUGAUUAUUGUGAAAGAAACAUCACAUUGGGCAUUCCUGGAACGAGAGGAAGAAUCUGCAACCGAACAUCACCGGGUCUAGAUGGUUGCCGGUUAUUAUGCUGCGGUCGAGGUUAUCAGACAAGGGUACGGGACGUCACGGAAAAAUGCAGUUGCCGAUUCGUCUGGUGCUGUCACGUGAAGUGCGAACUCUGCAGACAAAGGCGCGAGGAACAUAUUUGCAAUUAGAGAAGAGAUAGACUGUUGUCGC